GGAGCUACAUCUCCGUCAGCCGCGGCGUGUGGUCGCCGGCCCGCCGCCGCCACGGCAACGUACGCCUUCUCCCCCCCCCCCCCCCCCCCCCCCCCCACAACAACCCCUUCCAUCGUCAAUUCCCGGCACCACCUACCUCUAUCUCACCCCCCGCCCCCUUCUUUCCCAAGGCCAAGGAGCGAUGGCGGUGGUCGGCGUUCUGGCGCUGCAGGGCUCCUACAACGAGCACAUGUCCGCGCUGAGGAGGAUCGGGGUGAAGGGGGUGGAGGUGCGCAAGCCGGAGCAGCUGCAGGGCAUCGACUCGCUCAUCAUCCCCGGCGGCGAGAGCACCACCAUGGCCAAGCUCGCCAACUACCACAACCUGUUUCCUGCACUUCGAGAAUUUGUCGGUGCAGGAAAACCUGUGUGGGGAACUUGUGCUGGGCUCAUUUUCCUUGCAAACAAGGCGGUAGGGCAAAAAUCGGGAGGUCAGGAGCUUGUUGGGGGGCUAGAUUGCACCGUCCACCGGAACUUUUUUGGGAGCCAGCUGCAAAGCUUUGAAACCGAACUUUCAGUGCCAAUGCUUGCGGAGAAGGAAGGAGGCAGUAAUACAUGCCGUGGAGUAUUUAUACGAGCACCUGCUAUCUUGGAAGUAGGAUCGGAUGUUGAAAUACUGGCUGACUGCCCUGUUCCUUCUGGUAAACCCAGCAUUACCAUACCAUCUUCCGUGGGUGUUGAGGAAGAGGUGUACUCCAAAGAUCGGGUAAUUGUUGCAGUACGUCAAGGGAAUAUCCUCGCCACCGCUUUUCACCCAGAAUUGACGUCAGACUGUAGAUGGCAUCGCUUCUUCUUGGACAUGGACAAAGAAUCGCAUCCAAAGGCCUUCUGUGCGCUAUCUCUAUCGUCGUCUUCAAGAGAUUCAGAAGGCCGUUCAAUGACUAAGCCUUUUGAUCUUCCCAUAUUUGAAUAGCAGCCAACCAGGCGGGAGACUGCCAAACAUUUAAGAAAACUAAAUAACUAAAUUUUGAUCACUCGUUGUUGACAAGAUGGGUAUCUAUUUCUAUGUCAAAAUUGUAUCAAUCAAGCUAGUGACAUUGUAUACCAUACACUUGUAAUCUUGCUAAAGGAAGCUGGUCAGUUAAGUACAAGUCAGUACACACUCUUGUAUUAUGAGAACCGAAAUUGUUUCACACACGACAUUUUUAGUCUGAUCUGUGUACUAGUAAUGUACUAAUACUACUACACACAAGUGUUAUCAGAAAGGAAAACAGCAGGAGGUGUGGACAAUUCCUGGCUUA